GCAUUGAGGGCCCAUGAGAAAAAUGCUCAUUGCGAAUGCUCGCUUCUUCGGCUCCGUGAUCUGGGAUGGACUGACGUUAGCAAGUUGGCAACGAGAAAGGCGAAUAUAUCUACCCACGUCAGCAACUGUCCCUGCCCCCAUGCUAACAACACUAGCACUGCCAAACGCCUGCACGACCCUCAAAAACACCAGUGCUCCGUAGUUUGCUGGUACUACAGCAAGAAGCACGUUCGCCAAGAUGUAAAUGGCAAGGCUUAUCAAGUACAAUGGACGGCGACCCUUCCAAUCUGCAAAAGUGGACCAGAAUAGCGGCUGUAGACGACAUCAGCAUCUUUGUUGUCUGUUGAUGGGAUAGGGGAGGGUAAAGGCUUACACCGAACGCAAAAGUCAUCAUGAACACUGAAACCGUCACAUUGAUGGCGGUUGGGCUAACAUUGAACUCUUUUUCUAGCACCGGCAAGGCAGGAAGAUAUAUGCCUCCCGCCAAUGGCCCGAAGAAUCCAGCAAUCGUUAUAACAGACAAGAUGAACUUUCGACGGAGAGGGGAGAAAUCGGUGUAAGACCUAGACCCAUCCUGCUUCGGACUCGGAUUCAGGCCCGGCGGCUCGUCUGCUGGUGGCGGGCCAUUCGUUAAAGACUCAUUAUUGGACGUGGAAAGGUGUUGAUGGGAGGAUCGGAGACCUAAAGGUAAAGAUUUUUUCUCGGGAGUAUUGUCUGUCGGGGAAGGAGGCAGGGAUAUCGAGGCCGGAUCAUCAUCACGAGCAGGAGGGGGAACACGUUCAACUAGAGGGAUUCUGUCUUCGGGAGAAUGGGGGCGACUAUGGCGGGUGCGUGAUCUUGAUCUUGAUCUGGACUGAGAGGAAGAUGCUCUGUGCGAAGAUUGUCGAGAGCGUCCUAUCUGGACGGGGAUGAACAGGUUUUGUGAACUGAGAAGCAAAAUGGAAUAGAACAGGUAUUCCGUUUUCUUCUACUUUUUUUUAUUUUAUAAAAAACAGAAAAGGGAGAGGGUUAAGCUGGGUUCAGUUCAAGGAGUUCCGGGCUGGUCACACCGAGAAAAGCGCUACCUAAAGACAACAACCUACUCACAGCGGACUGCCGACCGGCCGCCCGGGCCUCCGACCUCAUACUCCAGCACCUCCAUAGCCCGGGGUGUGUGAGGGCACAGCACCUGCCGCAGCCUACGGGGCACAGCAGCAAUCCAUCUCGACCUCUUCAAAAACAUACGGCUUCACAUCAUGCUGAGGUGCAGCUGGGGUCCCGAGUAAUACAGGCCUCACCCCCAUUCCAUCCCUCCAGCCUCGCUGCGUGUUAGCGCUAACCUAGCCCCCCUGCCGCUGCACCUCUCUCCCAUUGCAUUGGGUCACACGUGCGCUGCAGCGAAAUGCGACCUAUCUGCGACCAAUACAGUGCCCAUAUAUGAAUAUUCAUCGCGUACCUGCUAUUUUGAGCGCGACGAUCAUCUAGGUUAUGCUUUAUAUCCCGAAAGGUUGAACCGCGAGCAGCCGUGAGUCUCAUCUUCUAGAUCGCAUAGCAGACCACAACAAUGUUGGGAUUCAUUGCAGAGCUACUGCUUCUCGCAGCCAUUGCUAUUUCCCUAGUCUACUAUGUCUUCUUGCUACCACCAAGAUACCCCGAAAACAUCCCUACCAUCCCCUUUUGGGUAGCCCUCAUUCCCUUUUUCAAGGAUGUCGACCAGUCCGACAUUUUUCGUCAAUAUAUCGACAAGCCACUUCGCACUCACGGCGCUGUCAAGUUCUUCUUUGCGGCUCAAUGGAAUAUUUUGGUGCACAAGCCCUCUUACAUCGCCGAGAUCUUCAAGGACGAAGACCUGUACGAAAAGAGCGGAAAUCAAAAAAAGAUCUCUCAUAGUGUUUUGGCACAGUUUCUUGGCGACAACAUCAUCUCUAGCCAUGGUCAAGUCUGGAAGAAAUACCAGUCUGUCAUCCGGCCAGGGCUGCAACGAAACAAUUUCGAGGUGGACAAGAUCGCCUUGAAUGCCGACAAACUGUGCAUGCUCGUGAAAGAUGCCCAGUCGCGCGGUGGAAGAGGCCGUGGCGUUGCUGUUCAGGAGUUGCUUCAGCGGUAUUCCGUGGCCAACUGCUCUGAGGCUCUCUCGGACAACGCACCCAUCAACAUUCUGCAAUCGGCAGUCAAGCGUGAGAUUUUCAAGCCCAUCUUUAUGAACUUUCCCAUUUUGGACCAGUUUCCAUUUCCAAGUCGGUUACGUGCCAGGAAAACUGUGGACAAGUUUCGAGGCGCCCUCAGGGAUGCUUUGAUCGAAAGCCACGAUCCCUCCUCCGCAAAAUCGUCAGCGCCCUGGCCCAAAGAUGGAUUGGGCCGCCGGCUGCUAGAUGCUCACCAGUCCGGUCAAUGGGAUGAAAAACAGAUGCAUGACAACUUGACAGUUCUCUUUGUAGCUGGCCAGGAAAAUCCCCAACUGUGCCUGAUAUCCACUCUUUACUUGCUAGCCAAGCAUCCUGAAAUUCAAGCCAGACUUUACGAAGAACUCGUGUCUACAGGACUUUCAAUCCCCGCGCUAGCUCAAAACAUUGAAAUGCUGACCAAGCUCCCGCUCCUAACUGCUGUUAUUCUUGAGAGUCUGCGUCUCUUUCCUCCCAUCGGCCAGCUCAUCAAUCGGCGCACCUCCCAGGACACGCUCCUUGGCCACGCUUCCAUUGUAAUCCCCAGCGGCACAUACGUCGGAUACAACUGCUACUCGACAAACCGGGACCCGGAAGCUUGGGGGCCGACAGCAGAUCAGUUUGAUCCUUCUCGUUGGGGCGGUGAUGUAACAUCCAUCCAGAAGCAGCUCCGGUUACGCAAAUCUAAAGCAGAAUUUAUUUCUUUCCAUGGGGGCCGCAGAGCCUGUCUCGGGGAGAAGUUUGCUCUGUUGCAGAUGAGGGUCACACUGUGCAAGCUACUGGGGGCGUUCAUGUGGAUUCUGGAUCCGGAGUGGAUUGACAGAAAGACACCAUUGCUUAGCUUCUGCAUCCUCGCCGUGUGUCACGUUGUGCUUGUCCACAUCUCUUGCUACCACAUCUUCCACCAAGCCGAGGAGCCAUUGCGGAACCCUCUCAACUCUCUUAAUUCUCCCAGUUCCCCUGUCCCUGCACAAAAGGCACCAAACGUCAACAUGGCAAUGGUCGUGGAGUUUGGCAACGAAGGCCAGUCCAUCUAUUUUCGCUAUCAAGGUUCCUACCUCCGGGACUCCGAUGGGAACCUUGUUCACUGCACCGGCUCUCAAAAGCAAUGGGUUCAGGACAAUUGGUCAACAAUCCGGUCGAGCCACAGCAAGCCCGAUGCCAAAAUAUACCAAUCAUCGUCCCCCGAUGGUCGGGGCUACACCACCGCCAUCAUGAUUGGAAACCAUGGACGUAUUGUGGACGGGGACGCGUUUGAGAAAUUCUUCGUCGACCUCCUCCUCACCCAGGCCGACCUCACGACCUAUACCCUGCCAGUCUCAGCAGCAGGAGAGGAUGCCGAUAUCGAAGCUGUAACCGAGCAGAUAGUGGACCUCUUCGACAGUUAUCUCAGGUACGACGUUGGCAAGGGUGACCAAUGGAAGGUCUCGGGCCGCAAGUAUUUUACACAACGGGUGCGCCACUUUACAUCACGCAAGGCCAAACUCGAGAUGUGUCUUCCUGCAUUUCCAUGCAAGUCAUCCAAUCCCGACAAGGUUACUGGCCCAGAUCCAGAUCGUGGUGAAGAGCUUGCCUUGGAGAGGCUGCACGGUUUUGUCACCGAAAUCGAAAAGAUUUACAUGCCUGGCGCCAAACUCUGGGUUAUCAGUGACGGACACGUCUUUAGCGACUGCAUUGGUGUCGAUGACGGCGAGGUGGACAGGUAUACCGCCUUGCUCAAAGAUAUGAACCGGGAGGUUGGCUCUCAUUUCGGGGAUCCUGAUCGUAUAGGCUUCAAGUCUCUCGUUGAUCUCUUCCAACUGGCGUCCCGGAACGAUGACCUUUCCACUCUAGCAUCCUGGCUCAGCCUUCCCCCGAUUGAACACCACCUAGACACCAAGAUUACUGAGGAAGCCGAGCUCUGUAGGCGGAUGCUUGUUGCGGGGUCCGGGCCUCGUAAAGAGGCUAUUCGGGCAAAGAUUGAUUCCAAGGAUGCCACAAUCACCCGUCUGUACCGCGGCUUUUCCAAGUUCGUGCUCGAGGAUCUGGAAAACCACCCGCUGACCCAAAGGAUGUCACGGUCCAAGCAAAAGAAGCUGUCAGCCAAGGUGGCCUUCGAGAUGAUUGUACGCAACCACGCCUACUCCAACCUCGUCGAGAUGCUGUUUCCCAACUACAUCCGGCUAUCCAUCCACGCACACAACAAUGCCGGUCCCAAGUUUGGCAUCCAGCUUGUGGACCCCGCCAAGGUACGGGCCGUCACCUCCCUUUCGGCCGACGGCGAACUCAUGACUUCGAUUGACUUGCUCCAUGUGCCCACCCCCUGGCACAACUGCGUGGUGGCGCUCCAAGGGAGUGAAAUGAUGCUGAUGACCAAGGCCAAACUCGCCCGCGCCGCCCUGAGCAAGGGCUCUUUCACUGGCUCUCUCACCAAAACUGACUCUGGCCGAGCAUACUUUGAGCUCACCAAGCCGCCAAAGAGGCCGAUUGUGGUCACCAUGUCGGAGAAGAUUGGGCCCCUCUUCAACAGGGUCUCGACACCCAUCCGUUCCUCGCCACAGUUGUUCAGGCGAGCCACGCUUUCCAUGUCAGAGGCCAUGAAGAGUUCGUCUCCAAGUGUGCUAAAAGCCCGAGGUCUGCAGGGGCCCAUGACAGCGGCUCCGAGAGUGGGAAAGAGAAUGUUUACAUUUUCAGAAAAAACCGUGGCGGCUUCCAAUCAGCAGACCAUUCCACCAAAUCCAGCUGUAACCCCACAGUCCGCCGGAACCAAGAAGAGAUAUACCUUCUUUGGGUUGUCAUCCGCUGCGGAAAAGAGCAACGACGUGGCAGUCGUGACUAUUUUGCCGGUUGUAAAAUCGCCUGCACCUGUCCUGUAA